AUGUCUGGGGAUCUCUACGAUAUUUUGCACAUCUCUCGUGAAGCAACUCCGGAGGAUAUUCGUAAAGCAUACAAGAAACAGGCAUUGCAAACACAUCCAGAUCGACUUCCUCCAAAUUUCACGCCUGCGGAGAAGGCUGCUGCUGAAGACAAAUUCAGAAAAGUCAAUAAUGCAUACGAAAUCCUGAAAGAUCCUCUAAAACGACAAUCCUACGAUCGACACGGUGUUUGGCCUCCGCCUCCAGCAGAGACCCCACCUCCAGCCUCGCGCUAUGAUCCUUAUUCAACUCGGUAUCAAAACCGGAGGAAUGAUUAUCCUCGUCCGAAUCCUCCCGAUCCCUUCACAUUGUUUACAAAUUUCCACUUCACCGAUCCUUUCGAGCUUUUCGAUUCUUUCUUCCGCGAAUCCCUCGGCGCUUACCCUCAGGACCGUCGUCACUCUCGUGAUAGCAGGUAUCCUCACCGCCGUCAUACAAAUUAUGAAGGCGAUUUCAACAGCUUCGAUGGAUUUGGCAAUGGAUUAUCGGGAGCGCGCGGCAUGCAUUUUGGAGGGGAUGAUUUAAUGGCGGAUCUGCAAGAUAUGCACCGGAACAUGCUUUCUGCAUCUGGAUUCUCUAGAGGCAUGGGUAUGGGUAUGGGUUUCCCCCCAAUGAUAUCCCAUUUCCCCACUUUUCCUUCACUUGUCAUGGAUACGAGCUCUGGUUCUGGCUCUGGGAGGUGGGCUGCAGAGAGUACGAUGUCACAGACGAUAAAUGGCGUGACACAGACUGUACAGAAGCGUCGGGACUGGGAUGGAAAUGUCCACAUUACCCGCACCUACCCUGAUGGUCGAAAAGUCGUCACAAUUAAUGGGGUAGAGCAACACGACCAAGGACAGCGAUACAUUCAGUCCCCUCCUCCUCCUCCUCCUCCUACUAAUGGCAAUGGAAAUAACUAUACUUCGAGCCCUCCGCCCCCUUAUGCGAUCGCUGCUAACGAUGCCAUGAAUUAUGGGAACGCUGUGGCACCCAGACCGUCUUCAGGGCGUCAUGUGAUUCCCGUAGUUCCCACUUUCCGUGAGAGUAACAGAGCCUACGAGAACGAAGGCCAUAUACACCCCCUGACUCAUUCUCACCCUCAUUCUACUAAGAAGAGAUGGUGGAACCAUCACAGUGGAUGA